AUGGCCUGGUCUGGUGGGCCUGAGGGGUUCACCUCUCAAAGAAGAGAGCCAGCGCAUCAAUCACCUCUCAAAGAAGAGAGCCAGCGCAUCAAUCACCUCUCAAAGAAGAGAGCCAGCGCAUCAAUCACCUCUCAAAGAAGAGAGCCAGCGCAUCAAUCACCUCUCAAAGAAGAGAGCCAGCGCAUCAAUCACCUCUCAAAGAAGAGAGCCAGCGCAUCAAUCACCUCUCAAAGAAGAGAGCCAGCGCAUCAAUCACCUCUCAAAGCAGAGAGCCAGCGCAUCAAUCACCUCUCAAAGAAGAGAGCCAGCGCAUCAAUCACCUCUCAAAGAAGAGAGCCAGCGCAUCAAUCACCUCUCAAAGAAGAGAGCCAGCGCAUCAAUCACCUCUCAAAGAAGAGAGCCAGCGCAUCAAUCACCUCUCAAAGAAGAGAGCCAGCGCAUCAAUCACCUCUCAAAGAAGAGAGCCAGCGCAUCAAUCACCUCUCAAAGAAGAGAGCCAGCGCAUCAAUCACCUCUCAAAGAAGAGAGCCAGCGCAUCAAUCACCUCUCAAAGAAGAGAGCCAGCGCAUCAAUCACCUCUCAAAGAAGAGAGCCAGCGCAUCAAUCACCUCUCAAAGAAGAGAGCCAGCGCAUCAAUCACCUCUCAAAGAAGAGAGCCAGCGCAUCAAUCACCUCUCAAAGAAGAGAGCCAGCGCAUCAAUCACCUCUCAAAGAAGAGAGCCAGCGCAUCAAUCACCUCUCAAAGAAGAGAGCCAGCGCAUCAAUCACCUCUCAAAGAAGAGAGCCAGCGCAUCAAUCACCUCUCAAAGAAGAGAGCCAGCGCAUCAAUCACCUCUCAAAGAAGAGAGCCAGCGCAUCAAUCACCUCUCAAAGAAGAGAGCCAGCGCAUCAAUCACCUCUCAAAGAAGAGAGCCAGCGCAUCAAUCACCUCUCAAAGAAGAGAGCCAGCGCAUCAAUCACCUCUCAAAGAAGAGAGCCAGCGCAUCAAUCACCUCUCAAAGAAGAGAGCCAGCGCAUCAAUCACCUCUCAAAGAAGAGAGCCAGCGCAUCAAUCACCUCUCAAAGAAGAGAGCCAGCGCAUCAAUCACCUCUCAAAGAAGAGAGCCAGCGCAUCAAUCACCUCUCAAAGAAGAGAGCCAGCGCAUCAAUCACCUCUCAAAGAAGAGAGCCAGCGCAUCAAUCACCUCUCAAAGAAGAGAGCCAGCGCAUCAAUCACCUCUCAAAGAAGAGAGCCAGCGCAUCAAUCACCUCUCAAAGAAGAGAGCCAGCGCAUCAAUCACCUCUCAAAGAAGAGAGCCAGCGCAUCAAUCACCUCUGAAAGAAGAGAGGCAGCGCAUCAAUCACCUCUCAAAGAAGAGAGCCAGCGCAUCAAUCACCUCUCAAAGAAGAGAGCCAGCGCAUCAAUCACCUCUCAAAGAAGAGAGCCAGCGCAUCAAUCACCUCUCAAAGAAGAGAGCCAGCGCAUCAAUCACCUCUCAAAGAAGAGAGCCAGCGCAUCAAUCACCUCUCAAAGAAGAGAGCCAGCGCAUCAAUCACCUCUCAAAGAAGAGAGCCAGCGCAUCAAUCACCUCUCAAAGAAGAGAGCCAGCGCAUCAAUCACCUCUCAAAGAAGAGAGCCAGCGCAUCAAUCACCUCUCAAAGAAGAGAGCCAGCGCAUCAAUCACCUCUCAAAGAAGAGAGCCAGCGCAUCAAUCACCUCUCAAAGAAGAGAGCCAGCGCAUCAAUCACCUCUCAAAGAAGAGAGCCAGCGCAUCAAUCACCUCUCAAAGAAGAGAGCCAGCGCAUCAAUCACCUCUCAAAGAAGAGAGCCAGCGCAUCAAUCACCUCUCAAAGAAGAGAGCCAGCGCAUCAAUCACCUCUCAAAGAAGAGAGCCAGCGCAUCAAUCACCUCUCAAAGAAGAGAGCCAGCGCAUCAAUCACCUCUCAAAGAAGAGAGCCAGCGCAUCAAUCACCUCUCAAAGAAGAGAGCCAGCGCAUCAAUCACCUCUCAAAGAAGAGAGCCAGCGCAUCAAUCACCUCUCAAAGCAGAGAGCCAGCGCAUCAAUCACCUCUCAAAGAAGAGAGCCAGCGCAUCAAUCACCUCUCAAAGAAGAGAGCCAGCGCAUCAAUCACCUCUCAAAGAAGAGAGCCAGCGCAUCAAUCAGCUUCUGCUGCUGCUCCCUUGCCUGCAAGGAAAACGUGGAGAGCAUGGAAAACCGAAUGAAGGGAAAGAAAGGCAUUGUGAUGGAAACGGAGUGA